AUGGAGCCUCUUCUUGAAGGAUACAAUGACUUGAUCACCGGUGCCGGCUCUGAUAUUUCUGACAUCUACCAAGGCAUCGGAAAAGCCACCGCCUUGCACUUUGCCCAGCACGGCGCCGCCGGCCUCGCGCUCGCCGACAUUCGCCCAGCCUCCGUCGCAGCGGUCGCCGCUCUCCUCGGAGAAACCCACGCGCACGUCCGCGUCGUGCCGCUUGUGCUGGACGUGACGAGCGCGGACGGCGUGCGGGCCGCGGUGGCCCAGGCCGUCGCGGCGCUCGGCCGGCUCGACGUGGCCGUCAACAACGCGGGCGUCGCCGGCACGACGAGCCGCACGCACGAGCUGCCCGACGAGGCGUGGGACAGGACGCUGGCGGUGGACCUGAACGGCGUGUUUUACUGCCAGAGGGAGGAGCUGGCGGUCAUGAUGCAGCAAGAUCAUCUCGGCCCCCGACGUGGUCGCGGCGUCAUCAUCAACACGGCUUCGCUGUACGGCCUGCGCGCGCCGGUGGUGCCGCUGUACCAGUCUGCGUAUACCGCCGCCAAGCACGCCGUCGUCGGCCUCACAAAGUCAGACGGCGUCCACUACGGCCCGCACGGGAUCCGCGUCAACGCCGUGUGCCCCGGCUACGUCGAGACGCCGCUCAUCAGCAGCCUGGCCAACGCCGCCGCGGUCACGGCGCUGAUGCUGCGCAACACGCCCGUCGAGCGCCUCGUCAGCCCGGACGAGGUCGCCGACGGCAUCGUCUUCUUGGCGAGCACCAUGAGCAGCGCCAUGAUGGCGUCGACGCUGUCGCUGGACCUGGGCAUCAGCAGCAGCAGCUGA